UUUCAUCACCGACAGUCGGUACUGAUAACUUCUUAGUGUGUUGAAAUACCUACGUGAGAUUCACAGGAAUAUGAUGUUCCACUUCUUGAUAUGGCUACCUAUGAUUUCUUCACUAGAAGCGGCUUAUGCUUCAUAUUAUGGCGGACAAGGGUAUAGCUCUGGCAACCGUGGACAUGGUUAUCAAUGGUCAGCUUACAACCCUGUCAUUCGAGACCAAAGAAGUCCUUACAGCUACUACAAUAUUUACCCUUACAGCAGAUCAUAUCUGGACGACUACUAUCGCUACUAUCCUCAAGAAACCUACCCUGUGUACUACCCUCGUACUUCUAAGUACGACAUAUACCAAGUACUACCUACAUAUUACCAGAAGCCAGUAUCGGAUUUGAGUGAUAACUAUGACAGCUAUUACUAUGGUAUGGAUCCUCAAGAAUUCCAAGAUGAAGUUCUGCAGGAAGUUCAGAGAGAGGAAAGAGAGGAAUCUCAACCAAUAGGACACGAAAUGCUCUACGAAAACGAAGAUUACGCUGCCAACAAUUUCAAUAAGUACGAUAAGGCGAGCAUGGCUUAUUUUCAAAAAAUGCUCGCUCAAUCACAUAAAAACACCUAUAACAAUCAAGCGAACAAACAAUACAUGGAUUACCUGGAUUACGAUAACGAAUGGCAAGACAUCCCAGCAACUAGACUUCCUCCCUAUCACCAAAGAGAAGACAAGGAAGUACAAGAUUUGAAAAAACUCAAGAAUAGAAACUACAGGAACAAACAGAACAAAAAGAAGCAGAAUGAAUACCGACAUGAUAUACAUGAAAACUACAAGCGUUCGAAUGUCCAGAAUGAUGAGAUAACUAGCAGCGUUCCUAAAACUCAACUGAAGAGUAGAGAUGGCGCUGAUAAGGGUCCAGUUAUCAAGGUUCCAGCAUCAACCACUGUUCAGCCAGUUUCUCUUGAACCUAAAAAAAUUAUGCGAGGGCAAAAGGAAGAAGUGAUGAUGAGACCUGCAACUCCUGUGAGGCAUCCCUUCAGUGCCCCCAUCAUGAAUGUGGUUGUUAGCAAUGACGAAUGGAAAAGAAGCCCUUCUGUAUUCGAUACCUUGAAAAGGAUGUUGGAAAUGGAGAAGAGCCUGAAGAAUAAAUACAGAGAAGAUCUCAGGCCUCCAAUGAAGAAAAGGAUUGUUUCUGACGAAGAUAGUCUCACCCAUCAGCUAUCUGUGCUGAAGAAGUCUCAGUAAACGUAAGCGUUAGUUGACGAUAUUCAAGACUGACUUAGAAUAAAUCUUGAUUCUUAAGAAUUCACAACUAUUCAGAAAUUGAACCAAAUGGUUUGAAAUUUAGGUCAGUUCCUCAACUUCGUACUUGGACCAUUGAUAUGCCAAGCUUUUUGACGUGAAAUAUGAAGAUGUUAUUGAUUUUUUUUAGUUUUUUAACGGUAUCCUUUAUUCUUGUAUGUAGUAUUUCAUACGUGAAUGAAGGAUUUCAGAUAGAAAAAAAAGGGAAAGAAGGCUUUAAUUAAAAAUGUGAAGGGUGUGGCGUAGGGAAUUUUGGAAAUUGAUUUUUCAGAGAUUUCAAGAAAAAGUCUCUAGCAAGAAUUGAAUUGUAAUGAAAAACGAAUGAACCGUGAAAUGACUGAAUUCGUCUGAAAAUGAAAUUUCCAAAAAGGAAUUCAACAGGAGGGAGGUACUCGCCUACGCCACUGGAAUGUAUAAGACUGAUAUUCAAUUUUCUAAAGGCUAGGUAGAAAGUGGAGGGACAAUAAUUGUUGAUGACUCAAAUCAACUUUAUAUUUACAAAAGAAUACUCACAAAAUCAUCUGAUUCAUUCAAAAUACUCAUUUCUCUAUGGAAUAUCUUCUUUUCCCAGAAAAUUUUUUGAAAUUAUUCGCACAUAUCACUAUUUGGUGUAUCAGGGUAAGAGUUGUUGUGUCAAUAUAGUGGCAGAAGUUAGUAAUUAGGCAGUGUAUUCCCUUAAAUCAAGAAUAAUUUUCGAAAUAUUUUUUGGGAAUGCUACACAUUUUUUUUGGUCAUCGAAUGCGGUGCUUUUUUAAUAUAGGUAGAUGAUUUGAAGAGAAAGAGUAAUACAGGAUAAAGGAUUGGAUCAGAUUAUUUAUUGCAAAUAGAGAUAUAUGUAUAUGCAGAUUAUUUAAGUAUUAAAUAUAAUUAAUGUCGAUUGUACUCCUUCAUUAUGCUGAUGGAGAAUUGUAUAUGUGCUUAAUCCAUACAUACGUUGAAUAUUGAAUCUAGUCAAUUGGGUGGGCUCUUUUUCAACCAAUCAAACGACUAAGCACAGUUUUGUGGCUGUUAUAGAACCUACAUUUAAAUAGGGCUGUUCAUUAUGUCGGACUUGUACAAAUUCUGUAGAAUUCGAAUUGGUGCAAUAUUUGCGAAUUCAUCGAUAUGUAGGUCAUUGCUAAAUACUUGUUUUUAUGUUGAAUCAUUAACAGAGUCAACCUGAAUGUAUAUUGACCGAAAAAAGAUGAUAAUCGGCGCAAAUUUAAUUUCUUCAUAUUACAGAUUCAUUCUGUGAUACAGAGAACAAGGACUGUCUUCAUGGUAGUUUAUUUCAAACAGAAAUAUUGCCGUUUAAAUGUUCAAUAAUAAUCAUUGAUGUCGUUGAUCUUUUGUCCGAGGUAACGAAUCGAAACUGUUCGAAUGCAUUUCCACUAGAGCACAAUUUCUGUAAAUAUCUGUGUUUCUAUUUCGACUUUUUCUUCUUAGGUGGAGUUUUUCGUCUGGGUGAAUUUAAAUUUUGGGGUAGCGGUAGUUUGUCGAAAUAAAUCGACGAAAUCGAGGAGAUCGAAAGAAAGCAGUAUUAUAUUAGGGCAGUUAUAUUUAUCGAAAUAUGUUAACUCAUUCUUUCAGACUUAUAUAUUUCGAGUAUUACAUCUUUUAUAUUGGACAUUUUUGGAUUUUAGUUGUGAUAAAACUUCUUAUUAACAUUAUUCUUACUCUAAUUGUUGAACCUCACGAUUUAUUCAUUCAACUACAUCAAAUAUAUACAAGGUGUCCCAAGUUAAAGUUUCUGGAAAACUGAUCAUAUUCGAAAACAGUGGUAUUACGAUAUUAUUCGAUAUUCUCUAUUAAGCUCAAAUAUAUUCGCUACCAAAAUACUACCAGUUUAACAGGAUAUGAAGAUAAUAAUUCUGGAAAACUCGAUAUUAUUCGAGGAGAAAAAUUGAAGAAAAAAAUCUUCUUAGUCCCUGUAUAACUGGAAGUACUUAGGUCGCAAAAACAUUUGAGCUUGACAAUAUCGAAUAAUAUCAUAAUCCCAAUUUUCAGAAUUCAAAAACACUUGAAAUUGGGACAACCGGUAUAUAUUUUCUAAUGUUACUGAUUUUGAAAUUGGGAUAGAUUUCACUGAACCAUUCAGAUACCUUUUCAUUGUUAAACAUGAUGAACAUACAUAUUUGUUGUAACGCAGAACUGUUUUAAAAUGACUCUUUAGUCGACUAGAGCUUUCAGAUGCUUAAAAAAAAAGUAUAAGAUAUUUCCAGCCAUACGCUCUUCUAUUUUUCCAUAGAUAGUUGAAUAUUUUCAUAGGAUAGAGUAUUUUAGUAUAAAUUGAACUUUCCUAUUCCUGAAAGGAUCUUUAAACCCUCCAAUGUAGAUUAAGAAAAUAUAGUGUGUUCGUUCGAUGGAUCUAAAAAUCAGAAAAAUUUUCUAAUUUUCUUCGAUAAUUGGAAAACUUUGGAAUUUCUCGAAUUUUCACUCUUUCAUCAGUUAAUGUUGAGUUGGAAGUUUCCAGUGCCGGAGUUUUUAUAGGAAUCCUUCGGAAUUGCAAAAAAAAUUGUCAAUUUUCAACAUAUCAACAGUUGAAUCCAAUUUCAACAUUAUUGUGUUCAAUGUUUUGUUUCGUAUUUAUUCAAACCUUUUACCUUCAUUGUCCUGAAAAAUUAGGAAGUGUAUAGGAGAAUUUCCAUUUGAACUAACUUCUCAGGUAUACAUAUAGAUACUUUGAAAAGCCUAAAGGACAUCCAGGAGUUUUUUGUAACAUUGUUGUAUUUCGGAUUGUGAUUUGUUGUUGAAUUUGAAAUAUUAUUUUUCUUAUAGUGUAAGGUUACUGCUCAUAUUAUAUAUUUCUCGAGUUCCUUGUUGCAGAUGAUAACUGAUGAAUAAUUUCAGUUGAUUUCUUAUUAACCUAUUGUUUUUGGUUGUUAUAUUAUGAAGUGUACAUAUCUCCCUCAUAUUUGAUGAUAAAUGUAAAUACUAUAUUUUGAUAUGUAUUGUAGAUAGAAUUUAUGGAAUUUUGAAUGAGCCGCUUCUGUACGAAAGAUAUAAAUAUAUUUGCUGAUGUCUUUGUAAAUAAAUUAUACUUAUGUAAUUCACUGACUGAUAUAAUAAAUGUUAUUCUAUCUU